UCUUAUUACUGCACUUGUUGAGAGGUGGAGACCCGAAACAGCAACAUUUCAUCUUCCUGUGAGUGAGAUGACUAUCACUCUACAAGACGUUAGCUGUCUAUUAGGUUUACCUAUCGAUGGACACCCAAUUACUGGUGUGUGUGAGAAGAAUUGGAGCAGUAUCAUUGAGGAAGAUCUAGGUAGGCACUAUACAAAUGAGAUAUGGAAAAUGAAGACACGGAGAAAAGAUGGGAUAAGAGUUGUCAAGUAUUCUCGAUUCAAGCUUCGCUUGCGAUGGUUGAAAGAUGAAUUCAGUGAGCUGCCACAAAACCCUACACAAGACCAAAUAGAUCAGCACACACGUGCGUUUGCCCUUUAUUUGCUAGGAUCUGUGCUUUUUUCAGACAGCACUGGAGACGGCGUGCCAGCUAUGUACCUGCAGUUUCUGAGAGAUUUACAUGAUCCACCAAAGUUAAAUUGGGGAGCAGCAGUUCUAGCUGUCUUGUACCGAUCUUUAUCAACUGCUGCCCGGAGCAAAACUAUCUGUAUUACUGGCCCGUUAAUGCUACUGCAGAUGUGGUCAUGGAUUCAUCUCAAUGUCAGUCGACCCAUACCCAAAGAUCCAUUCACACCAUGGGGAUUGCCAGAUCUUGAGUCUCUUGUCAACCAUAUGGGAGAUACUGGACAGGUGCUCUUAUAUUCCCAAAUAGUCCACACAAUGCUGGGAUGGGCAGCCCUCGAGACGAACUUAAUGCUAUACUGGAUGAAUUUGUGAAUUGGUUACCAUAUGAAAGGUGCAUCUCUCUUUUGCCAGCUGUGGUGCAAACUGAUAGUGAGAUUUGGACAGCGAAAAUACCACUCAUUCACUUCUGGAUAGUGGCAAUGCAUUUUCCUGACAGAGUCAUGCGUCAGUUUGGUUGUUUCAACACAUUCCACCUCCAGAUCCUCUUAGCUGGGACAUCCACCUUAGUCUUCAUAGAGUGACCCGCCUAUCAGCGGAAGGUACAAAUUGGGCAGAGAAAUGGGAGGAAUACAUCAGGCCGUGGGAAAGGCCAAGCGACCGUUUGGUGAAUGAGGUGCGGCCGUGUGAUAUUACCACUAGACCAACAUACUUGAAGUGGUUUGGACAGUUUGGCAUGCGUAAUGUUUUUUCAGAGCAAUAUCAUGUGAGACUUGUAUAUGAACCCCAGUCUUUGCCAUCUGAUCCAGUCAAUUCCAUUACAUAUGUGCAGCAUUGCGAUAAAUGGGCACGGCAGAGUUUCAGGGCUUUCAAGGAAGCAGUGCUUGGGAUAAACCUUGUUAUAAGAGGAAUGAUAUCCGAUGGAAAGAUUCUGUUGAAGUCAUGUCGAGGCCACUUCAUUGAUCUUGGGGAGGGCGACAGAUCUGACCGCUUACUCCAGGAAGCGGGACUGCCUUUUGACAUAGACUCGAUAGCAACUGAUAGAGAGCCUCUUUCAGGAAUCCAGACAUUACAAUUCACAGAAGAAGAGUAUCAUGCUUUGUACAACUCACAGAUAUCCUUGAUGGAUUUAAUAAGAAGGACUGAAACUGGUCAGCUUAGUAGUUCAGGCUCCGAGUUUCUAGGCAACAAGUUCACUCGUGAUUUUCCAGAGAACGAGAUUAAUGUGAUAAACUGUAGAUUGGAUCCAGCGGGACUAUGUCAUAAUGAUUCCAGGAAUGGACCAAUUUGUCCUCUAGCUCCAUUACUAGAUUGAAAUAUUUGAUUGAAACGAGAAAAUGCAACUGAUAGAUAGAUUGGCAUUUUCUCCACCGAUGCAAUAGAUCAGAAUGUAACAUGUUGGAGGAGGGGGAGAGUUCUUUUUUGUAUCAGCCAGAAAUUAACCAGACUUCUCUUCUAAAUAAACUAA